AUGGCGCUACCUAAAGACAAACCAACGCUCCAGUCAUCAAGUAGCGGCAACUGGACAAGACCAGACAAUGUUUUCUGUACCUCUCACACUUUACAUUCGUUCACGUUAUGCGACACAGCUCCGAGACGCCGCCCGCCAUGCACUGAUCACGUUCCAAUUUACAGUAUAUUAGACCUCAACAUCCCGCAAGCAACUACAUCGAUCAAUCCUAACUACAGAGACGUGGACUGGGACGAAUUCCGUGGAGCGCUAACCAGGAACCUCGCAGACAUACCACCACCAAUCAUUAUAACGUCCGAAGAACAAUUCCAACUAGCGGCCGCCAACCUCAAUAGCGCAAUCAAGCGCACCAUGGAGGAAAAAGUUCCAAAGACCAAACCCAGCCCCCAUGCCAAAAGAUGGUGGACGAAGGAGCUGACGCAAAUGCUAAAACAAAAGAACGAGUCAAGUGGUCAAUCUUACAAGUAUAGAGCGCUACCUGAGCACCACAUUCACGAAGAACAUCGACAGUACCACAAU